AUGAGUCACGAGAUGUCUGAGAUGGCCAGGUUUGAUGAGUCUGUAGACAAGGAGAACUACAAUCCAUGCAUCAAGGAGUUUACGCCGACAAAAGCGAGGCCUAGAAAGAGAUACAUGGCAUUGAAGGAGAUAGCAGAAAGAAGCGAACGAAGAGAAGAAAAGGAGGAGGAGUGCAAUCAGGAAAGGGAAAUGGAUGUGUUUUUCUCAACAUUUCCUGGAUCACCAUUUAAGUCCAGGAGUAUGCGUGAGUUGUGA